AUGGGUAAACCAAAGAGUGCAUUAAGAGUAGAUAAAUCAAAGUUGGAUGAACAAGUACACGAGUUAAAGAAUCAUCCUUCAUUGAUAAAAGAUGAUCAAGAAGAGGAAGAUGAUGAUAUGAAAAUGAAUGGAAUCGAUGAAGACAAUGAAAAUGAAAAUAAUGAUGGCAGCGAUGAAGAAAUUCAAGAAAAGAAAUUAUCUCAUAAAGAAAGAGCACAAUUAAGAAAAGAAAUGAAACAAGAAGUAAAAGAAUUAAAAGUACAAAAAUUAAAUGAGUUGGUUAUAAAAAGUAUUUGUCAUCAAGCUAAUAUUCUCAGUGGUAGAGCAGCUGACUGUAGUUUAAAUAGAAAACAGCAGACAUCAAUCAAAAAUGCAAUCGAUAUCUUCAAGGUAACACAUUCAAACAACAGAAAAAAGCGUGCUAGUAGGAGGGUGUGUGUUUUUGAACAAAAAAAGCAAACAAUAAGAGAUAUUAGUACAAUAAUAAUAUACACCUCCUCUACUAUUACUACUACAAGAUAUAUAAUGAGUCUUAGAAUACGUAAAUUUACAUUUCUUUCAACUUCUCCUCCUCCUCCUACAACUAUCAAUGACCCAUUGUCAUCUUCUACGACUUCUAGUGAUAUUACAUUAAAAGCAUUGGUUAUAGGUGAUGCAUGUGUAGGCAAAUCAUCAUUAAUUUGGAGAUUAACUGAGAAUAUAUUCCCAAAUAAUGAACAAGCUAAUCUUACUUUACAAAAUUCAGUUAAAUCAAAAGCUAUUCAAUUUGGAAAGAAACAGAUAUUAGUCAAGUUUACUGAUACAGCAGGACAAGAAAGAUUUAGAACAUUAUCAAGAACAUUAUAUUCAAAUACUGAUAUUGUUAUAUUGACAUAUGAUCCAACUACACAAAGUUCAUUUGAGAAUCUAUCUUGUUGGUGGAAAGAAGUGGAGAGAUAUUUAUUGGGUGUACCAAUGGGAAGCAGUGCCACUGCAUCGACCAUUCAGCAAUCCAAAGUAUUUAUAGCAUUGGCAGUGACAAAGUGCGAUCUUUCACAACAACAUGUUGUCAACCAAGCAGCUGCACAAGAGUUUGCAAAUCAAAGGGGAAUUCCAAUCAUAGAGACUAGUUCACUUGCCAACACUGGCAUUGAAACCCUUUUACAAACUGUGGUUCGUGGUGCAGGUGAAAAGAUCUAUCAAACUGAAAACUGGUCAAAAUUAAAGAUAAAGGGUACUGAUAAUAGUAGUACUCCAAAUGGAAGUGGUGGGCGUGGUCAAAGAUCACCUACAAUGUCUCCAACUUCUUCCUCUUCUUCUUCAUCUCCAACUACAAAUAAUAUUAAUAAUCAAAAUCAAAAUAAUAAUGGAAAUAAUACUAACACUAAUAAUAAUAAUAAUAAUAAUAAUAAUAAUACAACAAAUAAUAAUAAUAAUACUAAUAAUACCACAAAUGCAAAUAGUAAUACUGAAAAAAAGCAAUCAUUUUGUACAAUAUUAUAA